UUCGCUCCAGUUUCAUGGACAAGGAAGUUAUAGUGGGACGAGAAAGAAUCCUGCUGCUGUAUUUAUGUAAAAGAAAAAAAUCUCCAUAGCGUAAGUGCUUGAUACCGUAUCAGAAUCACCGACAAUCCUCUGAAUGGCAAAGCGAACAGGGCGACAGAAGAGCCAGCUGCCACCCUGCUACUAUGAGGGAUACCUGGAGAAGAGGUCGUUCAAAGAUAAGACAUCUCGGAAACUGUGGGCCUGUUUGUGUGGAAACACACUGUUCUUCUUUAAUGACAAGAGAGACAAUAAUUAUGUAGAGAAGGUAGAACUCAGUGGAUUCCUGUCAAUAACAGAUGACAACAGCCAGGAUCGAAAUUUAGACGCAGCCAGACUCAACCUCCAGAUGAAGGAUGGAAUCAUCAAAUUCAAUGCCCCAACCACAGAGGCUCGAGAGCUGUGGAAAGGCUAUAUUCACUCUGUAGCUGAGCUGUCUGUACCUACUUCCCUUAACCUGCUUCCUGGCCAGAUCCACAUGCUAAGAGAAGCAGUAGAAGAGGAAAAACAAAGAAUAAAAUCCAGCCCUCCACCCUCUAACAGAGACUCAGACACUUAUGUUUGCCUCAAACCAGACAUGCCAAGCUGUUACCACAAUGUGUCCCGUCUGGAAGCAGAGCUGCUGCUGGAGAGAGAAGCAAAGAAAGGGAACCUGCUGCUGAGGCCAGGGAGAGAUGGGAGCUCUUUUGCUGUCACCACAAGACAAGACUUAGCUGGCCCUGUAUUCAGACACUACCGUGUGGCACGUAAACAAGAAGGAUUUUCCAUUGAUGUGGACAAUCCUGUUUCCUGUUCAACAUUACAUGAUGUGAUCAACUACUUAGUGCAAAAAAGUGAAGGAGCUCUGAUUCCUCUCAACAUGGAAGGAACAUACGACCGAAGAAUCUCUUUUAUUUUAUCAGAUAAAGAAAAUGGAGAGAAGAGUGUUCAACAGGCCCCGCCAAACAAUGAACCACCAAGCCUGCCCCCAAAACCAGCUCCUAAAACAUCAAUCCCUGAACCAGCACCAAAACGAGUUGAAGGGAAUAUUUAUCUGAAUGACAUGUUGGAGGAGAUGGAAAAAGGGACGGAGGAGUCCCCAGAGGUCCCACUGCCACCUCUAAGGAGAGCAAUAAUGCCUCCAGCAAUAGCUCCCCGCAAAUGGUCUAGUACAGCAUCGACUCCCUCUUCUACCAAAGAUCCUAUAACAAAAAUCCUCUCAGAAACUCCAGGACAGAUUCCUCUUGCAGCACUCUCUGAGCUGAAACUAAAGCUGGAACAAAAGGCAAAGAGUGUAGAGUGACAUCUCCAGGUGGGAAUCUCUAAAAGCCUCUAUGUCUCCAGUCCAGAGCCGUUAACUGAAUGAGUUGUGCAAGAUGAAGAAAGACAUACGAGCAGAGAGCAGCUCUGUCCACACGGAUACCCUCCUCCUUGCGAACUGGCUGUCAGCAGUAAAGCUGUUUCAAAGAUUAGCACUUCAUUGAUUUGCUCUUCUCACUCUCCCUUUAACACAUUGAAUCAGCUGUAACUACUGUAUAUGUCACAUUAGCCUCACCAUGUUUGUUGUACUUUUGCACAUUAGCCACAUGUACAUUCUCCCAAUCAUGCUGUAUCAGUAAAUCACUGUUCUUGUGUACAUUUUUAAGCGUUGUAUGUAUUGUAUAUAUUUUUUGUAUAAAGCUUAGAUAGCAUUUCAUUUCCUGCUUUAGAGGCAUGUAUAUACUGUUUGUUGCUGACCGUUUUUGUGUAU